CUUGAGGCCCCUGCCUGGGGGAAUGGAGUCCUCCGGCACCCCAGCGACCACCACCCCUUUCCACUAUGAUCUUCAGAGCGUUCUGUGUGAGAACACGACCUUCCUCUUCGCCACCUUGAGCACCACCAUGCUGUACUGCCUGGUGUUCCUCCUCAGCCUGAUGGGCAACAGCCUGGUGCUGUGGGUGCUGCUCAAGUACGAGAGCCUGGAGUCGCUGACCAACGUCUUCAUCCUCAACCUGUGCCUGUCGGACCUGGCCUUCUCCUCCUUGCUGCCCGUGUGGAUCGCGGGCUACUGGGGCUGGGCGCCGGGGGACUUCCCCUGCCAGCUCCUCAGUAUGGUCUUCUCCACCAGCCUCUACAGCAGCAUCUUCUUCCUGACCGUCAUGACCGUCCACCGCUACCUGUCGGUGGUGAGCCCGCUCUCCACAUUGCGCGUCCCCACCCUCCGCUGCCGCGCGCUGGCGACGGCGUCGGUGUGGCUCGCCAGCACCCUGUUCUCCGUGCUGGACGCCGUGUCACACCGCGUGCGUCCUUGGGGCUGUGACUAUUCGGAGCGCACGUGGUUCCUGGCCUCGGUCUACCAGCACAACGCCUUCUUCCUGCUGUCGGUGGGCGUCAUCGUGUUCUGCUACGUGCAGAUUCUCCGGACGCUGUUCCGCUCGCGCUCCAAGAGGCGCCUCCGCACGGUGCGGCUCAUCUUCACCAUCGUGGCGGCCUACUUCCUCAGCUGGGCGCCCUACAACCUCCUGCUGUUCCUGCAGACGCUGCAGCGCGUUGGGGUCAUCCGCAGCUGCCGGGCCGUGCUGCAGCUGGAGUACGCCGUGCACGUCUGCCGCAACCUCGCCUUCUCCCACUGCUGCUUCAACCCGGUGCUCUACGUCUUCGUAGGGGUCAAGUUCCGCACGCACCUCAAACACCUGCUGCGGCAGUUCUGCCUCCCCCGGCCGCAGGCGCCCAGCCCCCCGCUGUUCCCCCCCUCCCCUGGCGCCUCCGCCUGCGAGGGCGCCUCCUUCUACUGAGAGCGGGCCCGUGGGAGCAAGUAAAGAGCGUUGCCCCGGGCAUCCAGUCUACUCGGUACUAUUAUGAAACCAAUAUGUAGACAACACGGCACUCUACGGAGAGCGAUAAAGUAAGACUGUCUCAAAAAAAAGAAAAAAGCAUAUAAUCGCCCACACUUUAGUAUGAAAGAUAAAACACAACUAUAGCUCAGGAUAAAGGAGGAAGAGGCGGGGGAGGUGUGGAGGGAGGAGGUUGUAUGGAGGGAGGGUAAUCGGUGGGACCACACCUAUGGUCCCAGGGCAGGGGGACAUGUCAAAUCUCUUAAAUGUCCUAACACAGUAAUUAAGUGAGGUGAAGGCUGUGUUAACCAGUUUGAUGUAAGCACUCCAAAUUGUAUAUAAAAUCAGCACACUGUACCCCAUAAAUGCAUUAAUGUAUACAGUUAUGAUUUAAAAAAAAAAAAAAAAAAAAAGAGCGUUACCCCAGGACGCUUCUGGACGGUGGGAGCGCCACCUUCUGCCGCAGGCGCCGGGAGAAAGAAAUUCAGCACAACUAGGGGGCCCGCAUGUGUCCUCUUCUGCAGAAAAUUGGCUUCCUGCCUGCCAGUUUUAUUUUAUUUUAUUUUUGAAGUUGCAUAAAAAUACUUUUAAGCCAAAUUUUGUACUUAAGACCAAAUCAUUACUAAAAGAUGCACAGAUUUACUUUAUACUUAAAUGCUUCUUUAACACCAGAGUUUUGCUUAAUGUCUGCAUGUUUUUAAGUUUUCCUCUUUCUGAUCAGCUGAUUGAAAUGGAUUGCAGAUGAUAUUAUUCACAAGUAGGUAUAAUCAGAAUCUAUAUAAUCAAGAGAGAAGUUUCCAUUCUUUCUGCUGAGUUGAAAGUUCCAUUGUCUACCUGAAACUAAGGUCAAUAGUUGUGUGUUACUUCAGCAAAUAUUCAUUGACACCUGCUCUGUGCCGGCUGCAACAGAGACGCAGCAAGGAAAAGGACGCCUCUCCCCUCCGAUUCCAGCGUCCAGAAAGAGCACACUCUGUGUGGGCCCCACAGCAGAGGACGCAGGGACACUUCACUGUGCUAGCAGCCACCACCUGGGAACUUUAUAUUGCCAUCCAGAAAAACAUUUCUUGGCCUCUGAGUUCAUCAUUUAUUUCUUCAUUUAGACACAAAUUUCUUAGCAGUGCUUGGUUUAGAAGGUCAUAAAACACAAAAAGAUUCUGGAAAAGGAGCAUCCUUUGAUACUUUAGAAGGGCCUGAAUCUCAAUAUUGAUGACUAUGUGAUGCAGGUUGCUGGCAAGACAGAGUCUACCCA